AACAUCACUAAUCCUGAAUUUCAGGUGGCUGCAGUGAGUCGCUACUGCCGCACGCGCUCACUGUAGAGGGACCUGAAAACCUACCGGGAAGCUGCGUUUCAGGGGGUUCUACUGAACAGUUAUGUGAAGAAAAAAAAAUGAAAAGGCAGAGAAGUCACUACUUCAGCACGAAAAGUGAUUUUAUAUCUUGCCGAUCAUCCUGGUACUUCACUUAAGUGACAACUUUACUAACGCACUCGGCUCUUCCGCCUUUGACACUUCGGGAGCUGGCGCCGAGAAGCAAAAUGCUGACACUUGGGAAUAUUCACUGAUUAAAUCUCUCGGAAUUGAGGCGAAAUUACCCUGUUUACUGGUUGGAUUUUAUGAGGAUUCAUUACUGGAGUCCUCAUGGAGCAACAGCCAGGAUAUGGAUGACUUUCCAUACAAGCUACUAAACUGUGAAAGGUCAGAUAUGGUCACUGACUUAUAAGAAUCUGGAUCCACUUCAGUAAGGGAAUGAACAAACCAUUAAAAGACAUUUUCUGGUCAGGCCACUGGUCAUUCGAUUGGUUGGUGUAAACUUGGAGACCAAAUUUUAGAUACUAUCAAUGGACAUCGGCCUCAUGUGUGAAGCAGUUGUAAAAUUCUACUUUGAUGUUCAGCAACACUUCGGCUUUUGCUUGUGGAAUUACAUAGACUCCCAUUGAGGCUCAUCCAGUUCAAGGAAGUAACAGCAGAAUUGUGUCUUUGCUGGAAGGCAGACUUCCUUCUCACAGUCAAAUGGCAUGGGCAAAGUUCUUCAGGAAACCAGGGAGCAAUCUUGGCAGGGUUUACCAGCCAGGAUCUAUGCUGUCCCUGGCUCCUACCAAAGGACUUCUCAAUGAGCCGGGACAGAACAGCUGCUUCCUUAACAGCGCAGUGCAGGUGCUGUGGCAACUCGACAUUUUUAGACGGAGUCUACGACAAGUUCCCAACCAUAACUGCUUAGGGGAAGCCUGCAUCUUCUGUGCAUUAAAGGGAAUAUUCUCACAGUUUCAGGACAGCAGAGAGCGAGCACUACCUUCAGACAACCUGCGCAUUGCCCUGGCAGAGACUUUUAAGGAUGAGCAACGUUUCCAGUUAGGUUUUAUGGACGAUGCUGCAGAAUGCUUUGAGAACAUUCUACAGAGGAUCCACCAACAUAUUGUUAAUGACGAUGAUACAGAUGCCUGUACGUCUAAAGUGUGCAUCACACAUCAGAAGUUUGCCAUGACUCUGUACGAACAGACUGUAUGUCAAAGCUGCGGCGCCUCGUCUGACCCUCUGCCCUUCACUCAGUUAGUGAACUAUGUUUCCACCACAGCGCUUUGCCAACAGUUUUUAAGAAGGAGAGAAGAAAGGCCACGUCCUGACAUGUUUGGUGAACUGCUCCGGGCAGCCAACACGAUUGGAGACCAACGUGAAUGCCCAAGUAAGUGUGGUCAGGUGAUCAAGAUCCGGCGCGUGCUGAUGAACUCGCCAGAAAUCGUCACCAUCGGGUUUGUGUGGGACUCGGAGCAGUCGGACGAGACGGAGAACGUCGUCAGAUCUCUCAGCCCGCACCUCAACCUCUCAGGGGUUUUUUACCAUGUCACAGAUGAACAAGCCCAAAAGAGUGACCUGCAGCUGGUUGGGAUGAUCUGCUACACAAGCAAACACUACUGCGCCUUCGCUUUCCACACCAAGUCCUCCAAAUGGUUCUUCUUUGAUGACGCCACAGUCAAAGAGGUGGGCUCCAAAUGGAAGGAUGUUGUUACUAAAUGCAUCCGAGGACACUUUCAGCCACUGCUCUUGUUCUACUCCGACCCUGAGGGGAGCGCCGUGAGAGGAGCCGAGGUCCCUCGCUCUGACAGCUCUGCUAGCCAUAACAAGCCCUCCGUCAAUGGUGAAAUCCCAGGCACCCCCCAGCCAGGCGGCAAGAAGCUGGAAUUGACCCGAGAAAACCUGAGUGCUAUGUUGUCAAGUCAUGGUACUUUAAAGCAGAAGAGCCAGCCUCUGUCAACAUUCAAGCGUGGGACCAACCAGACCAGCGGGGGAAGAGGACCAGUCAAAAUGAGCAGUGAUCCAAAGGGCUUUUUGCGCGAACUCUCCAGAGAAGUAGCAAGAGAAGCUCGCAACAUUAACAUCAUAAAGAGAGACAAUGAUAAAUCGCACCAGAGGCCAGAAACACCAAGACAAGGAGGCACAGCCUCAGAGAGAUCCUACUCGCGAUCGCUGUCUCCUCCUGAGAACGGAUUUAAAAACACAGAGUCUCGGCUGUAUAGAAGUCAGGGCAGGGGCCCGACUCGGGCAGAGCGCUCGCCCCGCACAAACAGGCGGGUGGCUCAUGCACCACGUUCACAUUCUCAGCCUCGCAUCCCAGUUCAGCCUCCGUCCAGCAAUGUGUCCUCGAGAAACGAUUUCUCCAAUGGUUACGAUACAGACAGUAGCUAUGACUCGAGAGAGCGACCUAACGGAGCAUCACGCACUCAUACUAACCGAGGUUGGAAGCCUAUGCGUCAGGUCCUCAAUGUUGACAGCAUACUGAGCAACGACAAUGAGCACCAUCUCCCCAGCCUGGGUCAGCAGACCUCUGGCCAGAGGAGGCUGCCCUAUGAGCGGGAGUCCAGGACAGCACGUGAAGAUAGUAAACCUAAAAGCUUAAUGACUAUAUACGAGGAUGAGCAGCGUCACGAACUGGGCAGCAGGACCUUCCUGGAAUCCGAAAGCCGUGAAAGGGAAAGGACUAAAGGGACUGUUAACCACUUCACGCAAAAAAAGGAAAACUGGAAGAACCAGCGAAUAGAAUCUGGUUAUGAGAGCAGCGACAGGCUCAGCAACGGCUCAGCUAGCCUGGACUCUCCUGUGGUGGACAACGUAGGUGCAAAAGAGCUUCGGCGUGUCCCUGAUUUACACCUGCUGAGGGACCCAGAUUACCAGCGGAGGUAUGAGGACUCGAAGGCAGACGGCUCACAGACUCCAUUUUCUUUCGGUGAAUUGCAAGGGAAAACCCAUGAAUAUAAUCUCAGACUAAACAGAAGAGACAGAACAGAUGGAGUGAAUGGAAGUAGUGGGACUGCAUUAUUCAGCAAAACAAGCAGCUCUGAUUGGAACAGCUCUGAUGAUUUGGCCGGUCCUGUAUCAGAGCAGGAGGAUUCUCUAUCUCAAACUGAUGUGUCUCCACUUGUUCAUCACCAACCAGUCCAGAGUCCUUCUCAAUCCUCACCUCCACCAUUACCGCCCAAACCCCAAGCCCUGAGAUCUGAAAACAGGAGAGAUCUAAUCCAAGACUUUACUCAAACAAGACCCAAAUCCCCGGCCUAUAGAGGAGGAACUUUGUCAAAGAUGAGCUCAGAGAUAUGGCUCGAGAAUUCUGAGCCAAAUAUGCUCUCCUCAUCAGACAGCAGCUCUAAAUCCGGCUCGUCCGACCAGGAGAGGAACGAUCUGUCUGCCAGCGAGAGCGAGGACAAGUGUCCCAGCAACCCUGAUUGCUACGUCGAGCCCACUGUCACAGGAGAGUAUGCAAUCCCCACCACCUACUUUUCUGUUGAUAGCUGCAUGACAGACACUUACCGGGCUAAGUACCAUAAAAAAAGAUCUGCUCUUCAUGCAGCGUCAGAUUCUAAAACAGGAGAGCACACAUCGUCUAGCGAGAGUGAUCACGGGGAUACGGCAUCCCCAUCUCCUGCAGACUUAAAGAUCCCAGAUCUGUACAGGACCAAGAAAGACACAGCCCAUACCAGCAAUAAACCCAUCGUAAAAUGGAAUCCUGUGUCUGUAAAAGGACUGGAUGAACAUGGCUUCCUAUGACACCGAACAUGACUCCCACCAGACAUAAAGAUGUGAUUUUUAAAUGGACCUAGUGCCAAAGAGUUCAGGCCACACAAAGACCGGAGACACCUACUGUAUGCUGUCAUCAUCAUUGCUCACCUUCUAAUUGCAUCAGAAUCAUUCAAGCAACAAUUCAAUGAACAUCUUUGCACAUUUAUGAGCCAUUAUAGAAUGAAAAAUGCAAUGUUUUUCAGUCAGUCUAUUUUAACCUGGAACUCAGAAUGUAGGAAACUACUAUAAGACCUAUGGCAUGGAAGAGCUGCUCUGAUCGCACUAGUAUGUUUCGGGAUGUUUCCAGUGCAACUGGAUGAGAACGUUGAUUAUUUAAAUGUAUGGAUGAUUUAUUUCUGCUAUGUAUGAUGGUCCUCUCUGGAAUGGGAAAUGAUUUAAAAUAUAUUUUCAUAUUUUCUUGUUUUGUUUUUAAGAUAAAGCCAAUACUGCUUAAUGAUUUUUUUUUUUUCCCCUAAUGAGUUUACAUAAUUUUCUACUAUCAUGGUUGUAGAUGGAAUGGGUUUGUUUCUGAGUUCACUAUGUCCAUUAAGCAAGCCUACAUGCACUAAACUACAUUUUCUUUCAUGUGCCUGCCAGUUAUUACAAUCAGAAGACAUGCCGGUUAAACGUGCUGCUCUAUGUGUAGCAGAUGGAAGGAGAAACACUGACUAAUUUACUAAAGCACACAGAUUGUUUUUCCAUCCAUUAAAACCAGUUGAACGCUACCCAGCAGUCGUGAUUGUUUUUGCUGUAUCCUUUUUUUUUGAUUGCACUUUGACACACUGAUCUCCUUAUAUUGAUCAAUUCAAGGUCGCACAUUUUUUUUUUUUUUUUU